CGCGGGGCGGGGCCUUGGGGACAGCGACAGCCCGCGCACUGGGCAGGAGUUGCCGCUGCUACCGUCGCCGGCGUCUUCAAGGUCUCAGCGCUUCCUCGCCGGAUACCCGGACUCGGCCGCCAUGUCCGCCGCGGAGGAGGUUGACGGGCUAGGUGUGGUGCGGCCGCACUAUGGCUCUGUCCUGGAUAAUGAGAGACUCACUGCAGAGGAGAUGGAUGAAAGGAGACGGCAGAAUGUGGCCUAUGAGUACCUCUGUCAUUUGGAAGAAGCAAAGAGGUGGAUGGAAGCAUGCCUAGGGGAGGACCUGCCCCCCACCACGGAGCUAGAGGAGGGGCUUAGGAACGGAGUCUACCUUGCCAAGCUAGGGAACUUCUUCUCUCCCAAGGUGGUGUCCCUGAAAAAAAUCUAUGAUCGAGAGCAGACCAGAUACAAGGCUACCGGACUACACUUCAGACACACGGAUAAUGUGAUUCAGUGGCUGAAUGCCAUGGAUGAGAUUGGACUGCCGAAGAUUUUUUACCCAGAAACCACAGAUAUCUAUGACCGGAAGAACAUGCCAAGAUGUAUCUACUGUAUCCAUGCCCUCAGUCUGUACCUGUUCAAACUGGGCCUGGCUCCUCAGAUUCAGGACCUGUAUGGGAAGGUCGACUUUACAGAAGAAGAAAUCAACAACAUGAAGAUCGAGCUAGAGAAGUAUGGGAUCCAGAUGCCAGCUUUCAGCAAGAUUGGGGGCAUCCUGGCUAAUGAACUCUCAGUGGACGAAGCUGCGCUACAUGCUGCUGUUAUUGCUAUCAAUGAAGCUAUUGACCACAGAGUUCCAGCCGACACGUUUACAGCCCUGAAAAACCCCAAUGCCAUGCUGGUCAAUCUGGAAGAAGUCCUGGCUUCCACCUACCAGGAUGUCCUCUACCAGGCCAAGCAGGACAAGAUGACAAAUGCUAAAAACAGGACAGAAAAUUCUGACAGAGAAAGGGACGUGUAUGAGGAGCUGCUCACUCAAGCUGAAAUUCAAGGGAAUGUAAACAAGGUCAAUACACAUUCUGCCCUGGCCAACAUCAAUCUGGCCUUAGAGCAGGGCUGUGCGCUGGCCCUGCUCAAGGCUCUGCAGUCACCGGCUCUGGGCCUUCGAGGGCUGCAGACCCAGAACAGCGACUGGUACUUGAAGCAGCUCCAAAGUGACCAACAGCAGAAGAGACAGAGUGGCCAGACUGACCCCCUGCAGAAGGAGGAGGUCCAGGCCGGAGUGGACGCUGCCAACAGUGCUGCCCAGCAAUACCAGCGACGGUUGGCAGCAGUGGCAGCCAUCAAUUCGGCAAUCCAGAAGGGCGUCGCCGAGAAGACGGUUUUGGAGCUAAUGAAUCCCGAAGCCCAGCUGCCCCAGGUGUAUCCGUUUGCCGCUGAUCUGUAUCAGAAGGAGCUGGCCACUCUGCAGCAACAGAGCCCAGAACAUAGCCUCAUCCACCCUGAACUCACCGUUGCUGUGGAGAUGCUGUCCUCCGUGGCCCUCAUCAACAGGGCGCUGGAGUCGGGAGACAUGAACACAGUGUGGAAGCAGCUGAGCAGCUCAGUCACGGGCCUUACCAACAUCGAGGAAGAGAACUGCCAAAGGUAUCUCGAUGAGUUGAUGAAGCUGAAAGCUCAGGCACAUGCGGAGAAUAAUGAAUUCAUCACAUGGAACGACAUCCAAGCCUGUGUGGACCACGUGAACCUGGUGGUGCACGAGGAACAUGAGCGAAUUUUGGCCAUUGGUUUAAUUAAUGAAGCCCUGGAUGAAGGGGAUGCUGGGAAGACCUUGCAGGCACUGCAGAUUCCUGCAGCUAAGCUUGAGGGCGUCCUUGCAGAAGUAGCCCAGCACUACCAAGACACACUCAUCAGAGCAAAGAGAGAGAAGGCGCAGGAAACCCAGGAUGAGUCAGCUGUGCUAUGGUUGGAUGAAAUUCAAGGUGGAAUCUGGCAGUCCAACAAAGACACUCAAGAAGCACAGCGGUUUGCCUUGGGAAUCUUUGCCAUCAAUGAAGCUGUAGACAGUGGUGAUGUUGGCAGAACCCUGAGUGCCCUUCGUUCUCCGGAUGUUGGCUUAUAUGGAGUCAUCCCCGAAUGCGGUGAAACAUACCAGAGUGACCUUGCUGAAGCCAAGAAGAAAAGACUAGCAGCAGGAGACAACAGCAGCAAGUGGGUGAAGCACUGGGUGAAAGGCGGGUACCACUACUACCACAAUCUGGAGACGCAAGCGGGAGGAUGGGAUGAGCCCCCGGAUUUCGCGCAGAAUUCUGUCCAGCUUUCUCGGGAGGAGAUCCAGGGCUCCAUCUCUGGCGUGACUGCUGCCUAUAACCGAGAGCAGCUCUGGCUGGCCAACGAAGGCUUGAUCACCAAGCUGCAAGCCUGCUGCCGCGGCUACCUCGUCCGACAGGAAUUCCGAUCCCGCAUGAACUUUCUGAAGAAACAGAUUCCUGCCAUCACCUGCAUUCAGUCUCAGUGGAGGGGAUACAAGCAGAAGAAGGCAUAUCAAGACCGGCUGGCUUACCUGCACUCCCAUAAAGAUGAAGUUGUGAAGAUCCAGUCCCUUGCCAGGAUGCACCAAGCUAGAAAGCGCUAUAGAGAUCGCCUGCAGUAUUUCCGAGACCACAUAAAUGACAUUAUCAAAAUCCAGGCUUUCAUUCGCGCAAACAAAGCUCGUGAUGACUACAAGACCCUCAUCAAUGCUGAGGAUCCGCCUAUGAUUGUGGUCCGGAAGUUUGUCCACCUCCUGGACCAAAGUGAUCAGGACUUUCAGGAGGAACUUGAUCUUAUGAAGAUGCGAGAGGAGGUCAUCACUCUCAUCCGUUCCAACCAGCAGCUGGAGAAUGACCUCAAUCUCAUGGAUAUCAAAAUCGGACUGCUGGUGAAGAACAAGAUCACGUUGCAGGAUGUGGUUUCCCAUAGUAAAAAACUUACCAAAAAGAAUAAGGAACAGCUGUCUGAUAUGAUGAUGAUAAACAAGCAGAAGGGAGGUCUCAAGGCUUUGAGCAAGGAGAAGAGGGAGAAGCUGGAGGCCUAUCAGCAUCUGUUCUAUUUGUUGCAAACCAACCCUACAUAUCUGGCCAAGCUGAUCUUUCAGAUGCCUCAGAACAAGUCUACCAAGUUCAUGGACUCUGUCAUCUUCACACUGUACAACUACGCAUCCAACCAGCGAGAGGAAUACCUGCUGCUCCGACUCUUCAAGACCGCACUCCAGGAGGAGAUCAAGUCAAAGGUGGAUCAAAUUCAAGAAAUCGUGACAGGAAACCCUACGGUUAUUAAGAUGGUUGUGAGUUUCAACCGGGGUGCCCGAGGCCAGAAUGCCCUGCGGCAGAUCUUGGCCCCUGUUGUGAAAGAAAUUAUGGAUGACAAGUCUCUCAACAUCAAAACUGACCCCGUGGAUAUUUAUAAGUCUUGGGUUAAUCAGAUGGAGUCACAGACUGGAGAGGCAAGCAAGCUGCCCUAUGAUGUGACCCCUGAGCAAGCCUUGUCUCAUGAAGAAGUGAAGACAAGGCUAGACAACUCCAUCAGGAACAUGAGGGCCGUGACAGACAAGUUCCUCUCAGCUAUCAUCAGCUCUGUGGACAAAAUCCCUUACGGGAUGCGCUUCAUUGCCAAAGUGCUGAAGGAUUCGCUCCACGAGAAGUUCCCUGAUGCUGGUGAGGACGAGCUGCUGAAGAUCAUCGGUAACCUGCUUUACUACCGCUACAUGAACCCAGCUAUCGUCGCUCCUGAUGCCUUUGACAUCAUCGACCUGUCAGCAGGGGGCCAGCUCACCACUGACCAGCGCAGGAAUCUGGGCUCCAUUGCAAAGAUGCUCCAGCACGCAGCGUCCAACAAGAUGUUUCUGGGAGAUAAUGCCCACUUAAGCAUCAUUAACGAGUAUCUCUCUCAGUCCUACCAGAAAUUCAGACGGUUUUUCCAAACCGCUUGCGACGUCCCAGAGCUGCAGGAUAAAUUUAACGUGGAUGAGUACUCUGACCUAGUCACCCUCACCAAGCCGGUCAUCUACAUUUCCAUUGGCGAAAUCAUCAACACCCACACUCUCCUGUUGGACCAUCAAGACGCCAUUGCUCCAGAGCACAAUGACCCCAUCCACGAACUGCUGGACGACCUUGGGGAGGUGCCCACCAUUGAGUCCCUUAUAGGAGAAAGUUGCGGCAGUUUGAAUGACUCCAAUAAGGAGGCACUGGCUAAGACAGAAGUCUCUCUCACACUGGCCAACAAGUUUGAUGUGCCUGGAGAUGAGAAUGCAGAGAUGGAUGCUCGGACCAUCUUGCUGAACACAAAACGUUUAAUUGUGGAUGUCAUCCGGUUCCAGCCAGGAGAGACCUUGACUGAAAUCCUAGAAACCCCAGCCACCAGUGAACAGGAAGCUGAACAUCAGAGGGCCAUGCAGAGACGCGCUAUCCGGGAUGCCAAGACCCCUGACAAGAUGAAAAAGUCAAAACCCAUGAAGGAGGAUAACAACCUCAGUCUCCAGGAGAAGAAGGAGAAGAUCCAGACUGGCCUGAAGAAGCUAACGGAGCUUGGGACAGUGGACCCAAAGAACAGAUACCAGGAGCUCAUCAAUGACAUCGCCAAGGAUAUCCGGAAUCAGCGGAGAUACAGGCAGAGGAGGAAAGCCGAGUUGGUAAAGCUGCAGCAGACGUAUGCGGCUCUGAACUCCAAGGCCACCUUUUACGGAGAGCAGGUGGAUUACUACAAGAGCUAUAUCAAAACCUGCUUGGAUAACUUGGCCAGCAAGGGCAAGGUCUCCAAAAAGCCUAGGGAGAUGAAAGGCAAGAAAAGCAAAAAGAUUUCUCUGAAAUACACAGCAGCAAGACUACAUGAAAAGGGGGUUCUUCUGGAAAUUGAGGACCUCCAAGCAAAUCAGUUUAAAAAUGUUAUCUUUGAAAUUGGUCCAACAGAAGAAGUUGGUGACUUUGAAGUGAAAGCCAAGUUCAUGGGAGUUCAGAUGGAGACUUUCAUGUUGCAUUAUCAGGACUUGCUGCAGCUGCAGUAUGAGGGGGUUGCAGUCAUGAAGUUAUUUGAUAGAGCUAAGGUGAAUGUCAAUCUCCUGAUCUUCCUUCUCAACAAGAAGUUCUAUGGGAAGUAACUGGCUGUUUGCUUCCAGCCUAGAAGAAUUCAAAAGGGUAAUGCCUCCCGGCUGCCUCUCUAGGAUCCUUCAUUACUCCUUGGAAGCAAGACCUGGUCCAGCGGUGUCUGCAUUCACACUCCUGAAGCCCCAUGUUUAAGCCCUCUCCCUCUGGCAGGACAUUCAGUGCCCUCUUUUCGUAGUGAAGUCGUAUGUCAGGCUUCGUCUAACCCCUGCUUCCCUCAUUUUCUUUCAUCAUGUAGGAAAGAGUGGAAUCCCACCGCUUCCCUCUCUGUUACAGCCUCCUAAGUGGCAAACGGUGUUUGUUUUACUGAGCAAUAAGAAUGGUGGGAUUCAGCUUCUUGUUGAGAAGUGAAAGCUGCCAGGUCAAUAGUGAACAUGCACAUCAGAGUCACAGUUGAGGAUGGCUCAUCGGCGCAGUCAGAGGAUGGAGUCUGUGUGUCUUCUGUUCUGCUUGCCUUGUAAGCAGAGCUCAUCCAAGUUACUAUUCUCUGUUCAAAUGCAGCAGCUUCAGGAGGGAAAAGAGCACCUGCUUUCCGGUUCUUCACUGCAUCUGGGUAGUACUGUUAGUGUAGAACCCUUCCUGGCGAGGGGAACCUCACAGUCGUAGCCGGCCCUUUAGAGACUAAGAGUGGGCCAGGCUCCCGCCUCUUGAGAGCCCCUCUCACAAAGGGAUGGCCUACCCUAGCCCCAAAUGUAGCUGUUUUCAAAACUAUUUGUGUUCAAAGAGUGCCUUACUGACGUAUAAAUUUGUUUCUUAAAAUGUGAGUGAUAGGGAUUUUAAAGAUUUAUAUAGUGCUUGAGAAUACUCUGAGAAAGGGUUGGUUUUUUCAUUGGGUUAUCUGUAUAUCUGAAUUCUUGAAGCUUUUCUAUAGUGUACAUGAGGGUUUAUCUACAGAGUUGCCGAGAUAAUUCUGCUGGAUUUUAGCAACAGCAGCCGACCCAUGUCAUGCCUGAAGUUCAGAUCCAUUUCCCUACUCUCUGCUCUGCUAUCCACAUCAUGCCUUCAUUCCGAAAACCUGGACCCUUAGGCUCUGACCAGCACAGUUCAGCUCCAGACAUUGAAUUUGGAAGUUCGUCCUUGGACUAAAAGUCAUAAACUUAAAAAACAAACAAACAAAAACUCUUUAUCCAAAAGUUAGGUAAAUCAUGCUACCGAGCCUUUACUCGGUAAAGACUUUGAGGUUUGGUUCAGUAUUCUUGCAUAAAACAUAAAAAUUAAAGUAACAUCGCAUAGUUUACUGAUAUAUGUCAAAGGCCAUUUGAACUAGUGGCAGGUUGUGCGGCAUGCCCCUGUUACAAACGUAAGUCUUGAGAAGUGUCCAUCACGAUGUCCAGUGGACAGGCCACGGCGGAGGCCUCAGUGAGCAGCUACUGUAGAGGCCGUGCUGAGGAAGGCUCUGCCACCACAGUGACCCUGGUUUUCAUCGUGUUUUGGAGCAUAGCUUUCUCAGAAAAUAAGUUCUUCAGAAACUUACGCUAAAGGAAAAUGCUAAGGCUAGCAUGGUAGCACGCACCUGUAAUCUCAGGACUGAGGCAGGGGGUCACUAUGGCCAGUCUCAGAGAGAGAGAGAGUCCUUUUUCUUCUUUUUCUUUUCUUUCUUUUUUUUUUUUGAGAGACAAAGGAGACGAGGUCCUUAAUGUAGCCUUGGCUGUCCUCAACCUCACAGAGAUCUGCCUGCCUCUGCCUCCUGAUUGCUGGGAUUAAAGGCAUGAGCCAGUGUGCCUGGCUUUCAGGUAUAUUUCCUUAAAAAGGAUGCCAUCACAAACGUGGCCCCAGAGACCCUCCAGGACAGUGAUGAAUACGGGUUACAGCGUCUUAGAAAGUCUCAUUUACCUGCAAGGAUGCUCCUUCCCUGAACACCCAGUAGAACUGCACCCAAUGCCCUUGGAGGAUUUUCGUGGCUGCCGUGGAAUCCUGCUCUAAGAAGCACAGAGGUCACCUGGCGAGCCUCAGUUUGGCACACUGAAGUCGUGCAGCGCCUGUGUUAUUUAUUAGCUGUAAUCAUCUCUGUCUUGGCUCCCUCCUCCUCCUCUGACCUCUCUGACAAGCCAUCAUGACAUUUACUAUGAAUUUACUUCCUCCCAAGAAUUUGGACUGGCGGUUAGAUGGUUGCUACACACAAUUGCCUUUGUAUCCCCGUAUGAAAUAAAAGGUCAUUUGUUCCUGUU